AGCCAGACAGCCGGGGGUUCACCAGCACCAGGGCAGCCUCGACCUCCCUCAAGGAUCGCCCCAAGCAGCGGCCCCCCUCUCCCCCCGCACAGCCCCCCCCAACAUGGGGAGACGACCCUGUGGACCCGGGCCCCGACAGCCCGACCCCCCCGCCCGCGCGCCUUGGGUCCCCCUCGCCCCUGGCGCUGCUCCAGGCGGCUAAAGAGAGGGAACGGAGCCGCUCCCGUCCAACGAGCGUCCCUGACACCAACACCCCGGGCCUGUCCAUGGGGGGCACACGCUACAUCAAGCCCACCCACCCCAACUCCUUCCAGGUGGCCCCUAGAGCCGCUGCUGCCGUUAUCGUGCACGGGGCCCCUCCCGGAGCAGACGGGCCCCCGGCUGAUGCUGUCGACGAGCCGGACAUGUCCUCGCUCCUGCUGCCCCCGCCACCUCUCUUCAGUGACGAAGAUGCGGAGGAACCUCCCCUACCCUUCCUCCCCCCGCCGGCAGAGUUCUCCAACAGCGAUGACCCCCCCGGGCCAGCGGGUCUGGGUCCCCCCCCUGCCGGUGUAGACCACCCGACGCCCAGGGCCCAGAACAACACGCCCACCACCCUCCACCUUAACCGUCCCUCCGCCAAUCCUUUGUACUCCUCCAUCUCCAGCGGGCUGAAGCCGCUGAUCGCCCCCAAGCCUAACGGUACCCCCGCCAAAGCCCGCAGCUCCGGCCAGCCGCUGCCGAUGCCACCAGGCCAGCGGACACUGGACUGUACACAAACAACCUGCUGGCCAAAGACAACGUCAUGGGUGAAUUACGGACCAAAGUGCGGACAUUAAGCACCCAGUCACAGGUGGCCUCGAAAAGCUCGCAGAACAAAUCGUCUCAGUCCCACGGGAAGACUUUCACAAUCCGACCCGGUGCCAAACAGCCAAUGACCGUGGUGGAACCAUCGAGCAUGAAAUGAGCGGCGAGCGUUUCACGGGAACAGUCUUCGUGUCGGUUCGUUAACCGAAGGAAUUCUGCAAUGACUAAUAUCUCCCCUCCAGCGGGGACAGAUGGAAAAUCCGGCUGGAUUUAAGUUUCUACGUGGAAUGCAAGCAUGCGUCAGGCACUCCCAGCUUUAGCCACUGAUUGUAUUGAACUGAGGAUCAUAUAAGGCCUAUGUACUGUGUAGGAAGCAACUGCAGAUGCUGGUUUAAACUGAAGAUAGACACAAAAAGCUGGAGUAACUCAGCGGGACAGGCAGCAUCUCUGGAGAGAAGGAAUGGGUGGCGUUUCGGGUUGAGACC